GAACAGGAAAAAACAAAUCCACAUCUCAGCCCCACAGAACUGCUGCAAGCACAAACCACAGGGGUUUACUAUAUAGUGCAGGUGCACCUGAAGUAGCUGCACGCUUUCCUCUGAGGAGGGAGACUUUCUGAAGAUCUUCAACUGGUGUAGAAAGAUGAGCGACUCGCUGGAGAGGACUACAGACUAUCCCUUACCACUUCCUGGAGUUGAAUCCAGCCCAGAUGAAGAUAGAAGAAACGUAUCAGGUGCAAAUGGAUUACACUGGGAAGAUGGGGGCCUACCUCUGGAGCUGCAGAGAGGGUUGGAGGCUCUACGGGUGAACGAAGAGCUGACCGAUGUGAUACUGAGUGUUCAAGGACGCGACUUUUCUUGUCAUAGAGCCAUACUUGCUGCUGCUAGUCAGUACUUCAGGGCAAUGUUUUGCAGCGGUCUGAAGGAGAGUCAUGAGGAGUAUGUGGAAAUAAAGGGGCUGGACAGUGAGACAAUGGGUUUACUGCUGGAGUAUACCUACACCAGCCAAGCCGUCCUCACACCCUCUAAUGUCCAGAGAAUACUAGAGGCCGCCAGUCAGUUUCAGUUUCUACGUGUGGUGGAUGCAUGUACUGGCUUCCUGACCAAGUCUCUGCACCUAGAGAACUGUAUUGGGAUCCUGAAUCUGGCUGAGAAUCACGCCCUUCUGACCCUGAAGACCAGGGCUCAGGACUACAUCACCUCUCAGUUUUCCCAGUUGGUCCAGCAGCAGGAUUUUGUGGAGCUGCCACCAGAUUCGCUGGAGGCUGUCCUGCAGAAUGACAAACUUGACGUGAAGUGCGAGGAGUGUGUUUUUGAGGCACUUAUGCGAUGGGUGCGAGCCCGGGAGGAUGAACGUGCUCCUCUACUGGCCAGGUUGCUCUCGCAUGUGCGACUGCCAUUGCUGGAACCAGCAUACUUUGUAGAAAAAGUGGAGUCGGAUGAAUUGAUCCGCCGCUGCAGUGAAGCUUUUCCUCUGUUACAAGAGGCCCGCACCUUUCACCUCUCCGGCAGGGAGGUUGUCUCUGAACGAACCAAACCCCGUGAGCGGCACUUUCUAUCUGAGGUAUUCUUGAUCAUCGGAGGAUGCACUAAAGAUGAACGCUUUGUUUCCACCGUCACCUGUUUGGACCCCCUUAGACGCAGCAGGCUGGAGGUCGCCAGGCUACCAACUACAGAGAUGGAGGAUGAGUCCCAAAACAGAAAAUGGGUGGAGUUUGCUUGCAUCACUUUCCGCAAUGAAUUGUAUAUAUCUGGAGGUAAAGAGACGCAGCAUGAUGUUUGGAAAUACAAUGGUGCCCUGGACAAGUGGAUCCAAAUCGAGCCCCUGGUAAAUGGGCGCUGGAGACACAAGAUGGCAGUUCAUGGAGGGAAGGUGUACGCACUUGGUGGGUUUGAUGGAACUCAGAGACUCGCUAGUGUAGAAGCCUAUGAUCCUUUUCACAAUCGCUGGACACAGGUGACACCUCUUGCAGUGGGUGUGAGCUCCUUCGCUGCUGCAAACUUUGACAGAUGGAUCUAUGUGAUAGGUGGUGGGCCGAAUGGAAAGCUGGCAACUGACAAGGUUCAGUGCUGGGAACCUGGGAGAGACUGCUGGGAACUGCGGGCGCCCAUUCCCAUGGAAACCAAAUGCACAAAUGCUGUUACUUUCAAGAACUGCAUCUAUGUAGUUGGUGGAGCUAUGCAUGCCAUGUACUGCUACUCUCCUCUGUCUGACACCUGGUCCCUUGUGACUCUUCUGGGAGAGCGGGCCAGCUGCGCCAUCGCUGCCUGUAACAACAAACUGUUCAUCACCGGCGGACGAGAUACCAAGAACCAAGUCAUCUCCACAGUGAUGUGCUGGGAUGUUGCCCGAGGGGUGCUGACAGAGGAGUGUGUUUUACCUAUGGGGGUGUCACACCAUGGUAGUGUGACACUCAUGAAGUCCUACACACACAUACACAGAAUCACACCUGCUUCAGAGUGUGAAUGACACAGGCUUCUGUGAACACAACUUUAUCAUCGCUGAGAAUGGUAGUGAGAUGGUGCAUACAAGUGAAUAUUGUUUAAAAGUGAUUUUUGUGUCCAUUACAGUGCUCAUGGGUGAGUGAUCACUUACAAAUAAUAGGAGUCAAUAAGUAGACAAAUGUAAGGACACAGAACCUUAUGCAACUUUUAUUUUUAUUUAGUAUGUUGCUUUCUUUUUCUAACAUAGAUAUAGUUUUCUCACAAAAUUGUACAAUAUUUGAAUGCAAUAAAUAUAUGCAUAUAAGUCAUGUAGAAUAUGCAAACACAAGGUGUGACACAUUUGUCAUGUAAUAACAUCUGUGUAUGUGGUUCUUUUUUUUAAUACCAUCAAACA